UACAGUCCAGCAGGAAAAUGGCGACUGUCAUUCAUAAUCCUCUAAAAUCGCUCGGGGACCAGUUCUAUAGGGAGGCUAUCGAACACUGUCGCAGCUACAAUGCCCGCCUCUGUGCCGAACGCAGCGUGCGCAUGCCAUUCCUGGACUCGCAAACUGGUGUGGCACAGAACAACUGCUACAUCUGGAUGGAAAAGCGCCACCGCCAGCCAGGUCAGGCGGCUGGACAGAUGUAUACCUACCCUGCUCGUUGCUGGAGAAAGAAGAGGCGACUCCACCCACCCCUGGAUCCCCAGCUCCGCCUGUGUGAGCUUCGACUAGAAGCCGAGCUGGCCCCAAAGCAUGAGGUUCCCCCGGCAGAGGCCACAGCCUUGGAGGCCCUCCUUAGGGCGGACAACCUGCUGGAGAAAAAAAACAACCUCUGUAAGGAAGAGGAGACGAUGCUGGAAAUACAGAGAGUUCUGGAGGCGGAUGAAAAUGGGGACGGUUUCCAUGAUGAUGAAGACUUUGAAAUGGAUAUUCCAAAGAGAAAGAACAGAAACAGAGGCAAAAACAGAGGAUCCAGUCGCAGAAGGACAGAGCCCGUUAACACGGAUGACCAGGACAAACCCUACGUCUGUGACAAUAGAUACAAACAAAAGCAUAACUCAAAAAAGGCUGAAGAAGUCUGUGGAAAGCGUUACAAGAACCGUCCUGGCCUGAGUUACCACUACGCCCACACUCACUUGGCAGAGGAGGAGGGCGAGGAGGAGAAGGAAACAGAGAUGAGCCCAUCUCCUCCGCGUAGCUUGGACAACCACAAACCUCAAAAGGGCCCAGACGGCACCAUCAUCCCCAACGACUACUGUGACUUCUGCCUGGGAGACCAGGACUCAAACAGGAAGACAGGCCAGGCUGAGGAGCUGGUGUCCUGCUCUGACUGUGGACGCUCCGGUCACCCAACAUGUCUGCAGUUCACUGACAACAUGAUGCAGGCAGUGAGGACGUACCAGUGGCAGUGCAUAGAGUGCAAGUCUUGCAGCGUCUGUGGCACCUCAGAGAAUGAUGACCAGCUGCUGUUCUGUGAUGACUGUGACAGAGGAUACCACAUGUACUGCCUGAAGCCUCCAAUGACCCAGCCUCCAGAAGGGAGCUGGAGCUGUCACUUGUGUCUGGACCUGUUAAAAGACAAGGCCUCAGCCUACGAAGAAGCAUAACUCCCUGGACAUUCUUCCCAACACACACACACACACACACACACAUAUAUAUAUAUAUAUAUAUAUAUAUAUAUAUAUACCUUAACAUUAACUGUUUGACAUGCCCACACAUUAGCAAAAAAACUUUACUCACAUAGAAUCAAACACACACUCUUUCACACACACUCCAGUGCAUUAGCAGGCUCAGGGCAUCUUCCUGUAUGAGGCUCAGAGAUCCUCGACUUCUCAUGUAGCCAAGUCAGCUCGACUAUAAGACAGCUAACAGCAGGCCUGCCAUUCAGUCAUUUCUCUACCUCACCACUCAGCAGACGGCAAGAAGCCAAAGCAAGAUAAUGGCCAAUACUGUGUACUACAUGCGUAUGUGAAAUACAUGCUCAUUUAAAACCAAACAUCUGAAAUCCCGGGGUGUUUUCCCCCAAUUUUAAAUCUUUUUGAGUAUGAUUUGGAAGACAUUUGUCCCAGAGCUUUUGCUGAAGCUCUUUCACUUGCUUCCCUUGCUGCUGAAGCUCUGCAGCUAGGGGGGACCUGAGUGGGUGUGAGUAAUGUUUGUUUAAAAUGUCUCCUUCCAGAUCUAUUCCUCUCCUGUGUUUAGACUUUACAGUGACAUUCCUAUUUUAUAUCUGGACAGACUCAAUGUUAGUUAUGCCAUUUUUCACAGGUUUUGUCAAGUUCGGUGAAAUGUAUAUCCAGUGCUAAGAGGAAAUGGGGCAAUAAAACAGCCUCCGCUAUCAUUCCUUUUAGAGCGUGGGGACAUUUUUAAUCCACGUCUGUUUUUUGUAUCCUUUCAGAUAUAGGAUACCAUGGUGCUCAAUCUGACACUUUACAAAAGUUAUAACAUAGACGUCUUUACAUAGAAUGAAAUGCUUAUUUAUUUAUAGUAGAUAAUGGUCCAAUGUUACUGUCAAGGAGAUCAUUGUUACUGUAAAUCAGUGGUUCCCAAACUUCUCCUGUCGUGACCCUCUUGACUUGUCCCCUCUUCCUCCAAGUUUUUAUUGACUAGUAACACUACUGGUAAUAAAAGGAGGUAAACUAUAUUGAAUGUAACACAAACUGCAUUUUCUUGAAUUUGCUUCUUGCUUCUUGAAUUAUGUUGUGGUGUUCAACUGAAAAACAUAAAUUCUACUUUACACAAAAAAAGACACAAUUAUAUAAACAGUGAACUCACCCUCAAGAUUCUUAAUAUUUUGGAUUUGACUGACAGGUUGAUGAUAUCAAUGGUAAUUUUUUCCUAUCUACUUAUCUUGCUUACAUGUUGUUUUAAUUUCUAAGAAUCUCUGAAUCUUGGUAGCCUUGCUAACAUCUUGUUUCUUUAAUGUUCCUACAUGAAUUCUGAUUCAUAGACCUUUUUCACAGCAAACAGUUUGUCAUUGUCAUAGCAGGAAAAGCACAGGUGGAACUAACCGUGUUCCAGACCGGCCGGAACUGGGAAAUUUCCAAGUUGAAAUAUUCGACUUCAGUUUCAGUUGCAUGGUGGUGCAUGACGCCAAAUGUAAAAAAUAACAUGGCUGACCGUGAUAAACUGUUUCUUUGGCAAGAUUAUGCACAGUUAAACUCUCAGCAGUGCACUUGGUUUUAAUUAAAAGGAUGGCCAUUUUAUUAAAAACAAGUGAUAAAUAUACGUUAGGCCUACUUGUUAACAGUGUAUCCUUCUAGCUACAUCAGCUGGUAAUCCUCAAAAGUCAGCAAACGUUUUGUUUGCACAUUUUGGGGCAUUUUUAAUAUUUUCCUGAAUAACUUUUGGGUAGAGAACAUGACUUUCAGAUAUUGUUUACUGUAACCAGCUACCUAAUAACAUUGACAAAAUAUUUCUAGAUCAAUUUACAUGCAAAACAAGUUUUGCUAUUUGAUACUUGUAUGUAUUAUUUUAAUUUAAUACUUUACUUUGCCUUUUACAGGGCAGCGCGGUGGUGCAGUGGUUAGCACUGUCGCCUCACAGUUCAA